AUGGCCACCUCCUUGAUGAGUCUGACGGCCACGGCUCCGGCCGUGUCCUCCCGGGCGGCGACCCGCGGCGCGCGCGUAUCCGCGCGAUCCCCGGUGGUCCUCGGACGCAACCGGAAGGGCAUGCGGGUGGUGGCUGCGGUGAAGGACGCCGCCGCGCCCGCGAGGUACGAGGCGCUCUUCCUCAUGAAACCCGGCGUCGAGGAUUCCGUGCGCGCCGCUGAGGUCGACAAGCUUCGCUCGAUGUUCGCGGAGGGCGGCUCCACGGAGUUUGAAGUCACGGAUCGGGGUCUGGUCACGAACGCGUACGAGAUCAAGGGGUUCGCGGACUCUCAUCAGUACAUGAUCCACGUCAACUGCCCGAGAGGGACGGUCAAGAAGGUGCAGGACGAGCUCGCGAAACCUUUAAUCGGCGCUGAAGAAAUCAUCCUUCGUUACAUGUUUUUCAAGGAGUGA